UGCGCCCUGACACUGGCAGGCCUCCUGGGAGACUCGUCUUCUUGUUGACCAGCUUGGACUGUAUUUCCAGUGUAAUAUACAGUAGGGCUGAUUUGCAUGAGGGUUCAAACUUGUGAACAGCACCACUCUCUGUGAGAGAGAGAAAGCCGCUGGCACAUGGAGCAGGCCUUAAGAAGCUGCUGACAUUCCUCCAUCCAACCCUGUAAUUAUCACAGCAUGAGCUUAAACUACUGGACAUCUGGGAUUCUGCUUUGUCACCAACACUCCAUGUUACUGCACAAGGAGGUAUUUGGGGUUUCUUUAAGCAAAUGCUUCAGUAUUUAGUCCAGUAACUCUGAAGCACUGAAUCAGAAAUGUUUAAAAACAGCCCUGAAGAAACCUUGGGAAUCCGCACACAUCCUGUAGAGUGUGAACAUCAUGAGAAUGAGACGAGAGGAAUCUCGGCCCAAUAUUCCUUCAGCGUCUCUUGCUUGGUAAAAAUGAAAUGAAGAUGAAGAUGGGACGAGAAACAAUUUGACAGGUUGUCAAUUUUGUACAUCUCUGUUCGGGUGCAUGCUUUUCCUCUCAUAAAUAUGAAUGAUGGCAAUCAAAUCAUAAAAGGUGGGUGAAAUAUUGUGGCUGUCAACCUAGAUUUGUAUCUAUCUACAGGAUGUGGAAAGUUGAAAAAAAAAACGUAAAAAAGUAAAACAAGUACCUAACCUCUGUCGCAGUGGAAAGAAGUAUAAUCAGCAAGACCACAUUGAAACAAGGCAAAGAUGUUCGGGAUCUCCUGGAGGUUUUAUUAUAUGUUUAUAUAGUCGAAAACAUCUGGAUAGCUACGGGAGUUUACAGUCUUGUUAUUCCAGUUGUCGCACAACCUAAGAUAAUAAGACUGCGCUGUGCCACCUAUAGUUAAUGAACACAAACGUCUUCAUCCACUGAGUCUCAGAACAGCUGUACAACCCAACCGGAGAAAUCAGAUUCACACAUCCACAUUUCAACCGGAGAAAUCAGAUUAACAUAUCCACAUUUCAACCGGAGAAAUCAGAUUCACAAAUACACCAUUCUUUUUGAUUUAGGAGGAGAAAUUAAAAAAUAUAUUCAAAUUUAAAAUGCUGUUUAAACCAGAGUAACUAAAUACAUUACUCAAAAUGUUUAGAAGUCAUUUCAACAAAUAAAGUGUCCUGAAGUAUUGUCCUGUACAUACAUUUCGAUCUUGGGUUUCUGGUGCCACUGAUAAAUCACAGGAGAGCUAUUUGAAGUCACUGCUGGUAAUGCUGUGGUUUGCUAAUGGUUCUGCUAGAGAUUCUUCAGGCCAGGCUCAAGCUUUGAUGGGCCGAGCGACCUCGUCUCGUUUCAUAAUAUUUUUCAUGCUUCAACGCUCUUUGAUCUCAGGACUUUAAGAGGAGCACUUCACAGGGAAAUGGAGACUUCAAGCUCAUCAAACCGACUGGAUAUUUGAAGGUCAGGUGAACAAGCCACAUGGCUACCCCAGUGAGGUCUGUCAAAGCUGCAGCUAAAGGCUGCUCUUGCAUAUGAAAAGCAUUGGUGGAAUGGAAACACCUGUGCCGGGUCACCCACAUGGAGAAAAGUCCUGGUUCAGAAAUGGAAGUGGUUCAGUUUGUGAAGGCUCUUAACUCAAUUAGAUGGCUCAGUUGGUAAUGCACCCCUCAUUGAAUCAGGCUCAGGGACCCUGAUAUCCCAGCGGACGCCUCCCUGUUGUACGAGCUGCAGCUGCUGGAGGUCAGAGAGAGCCCCUCUCUCCAGUACCUGUCUGCCUCAGACUGCAUCAGAAUUGGGAGCCAGAAGCGAGAGCGAGGAAACUACUACUUCCAGAGGGAGGAAUACCAAGAGGCUCUCCAAUCCUACAGCACUGCGCUGCAGGUUCUCUCGGCACCCGCCUCGGCCGCCUCUUCCCCAGAGCACAAGGAGCUGAGGGAUGGCCGAGUUGAAGUGUCUCAAUAACCUGGCUGCUGUGCACAUAAAGCUGGAGAGGUGCAACGACGCUCUGGAAACAAGCAGCUCUGUUCUGGAGCUGGACCCAGACAAUGUCAAAGCUCUCUUCAGGAAAGGAAAGUUACUGUCAGAUAAAGGGGAGUUCCAGGAAGCAAUGGAGACUCUGAAGAAAGCUCUCAAGCUUGAACCGUCCACAAAGGCUAUCCACAUUGAGCUCUCCAAGCUGGUGAAGAAGCAGACAGGUGAUAACGAAACGCCAAAAUGGAAGCCGAAACCAACCCAGAACCAGAAACCACUGACAAAAAAACCUUCAGGAAUUCCAUGGGAGUUGCUGCUUGCUGCUAUAGUGGUGGCUGUUGGCAGCUUAGUGACAUCAAUAAUCCUUUCAGCAAGAAACUAACCGCUUCCCUUAAACUCCCUUUACUCCAGUAAAGUGCAGUGUUACCUCCCAAUAAAGAAAGGGGGAGCGGGUCCUUUAUUGUUAUCCUUUAUAUGCUCUGUUUUGUUCAGUUAAGAUAAUGUGCCAGAAUUUACCAAUCUUACCAUUAAAUAACCAAUCUUUGAAAAGAAUCCUUGCCGCGAAGGGCACAUUCCAGAUUAAAAUAAACAUGCUUUCACUCUUUGUGGUUAAAUAACAGUUGAACUUUAUUUCACAUGAUAUUCACUGAGACUACACCGUUGGCCAUUAUGGUAAGAGCAAAGAAACAAGUGUGGGUCCAAAACACUGUUCUUACAGGGGCACAUGAGUUAGUGUGCAUCAGUAUUCCCAAAGAUUAUGGAAGGAGUGAUUAGAUAGACCAGACCCAGGAGCCUUCUUCACAUGUAGAGUUCAGACCUCCUCUUACCUUCUCUCACCAGCCAAGACUGCCCUGGACUGUCCUGCAAAAGGGUGUGGCUUAUUAAGAACACAUACCUUCCAAGGACACAAUGCUCCGCCGACUAAAGUCUGAAAGAGUGCUAGAGAGAAGACUACUGGCGAACCUAGAAAAAAAAAAGACAGUUUAGAUCUGAAUUCACAAGCUCAUGUCGAGUCAUUGCUACACUGUUACACUUUCAAUCCUGAGCCUUCACCUCCCCCUUCUUGGAGAUCACAAUCAAUAAAGGAAGCCCCUUCCAUGAAGGCAGUGGUAACACGCUAUCACCUGUUAAGGUUACUGAUAUUUGUAAGGCAUUUUGUGAUGACUGAGGUGCUAUAUAAAUUAUGCAAUAGACAAUAAAAUGGUCAUCAACCAAGGCUUCAAGUCAUAGUCGCUGUCACCUGAACAAGAAGAGAAGCACAGAGCCUGAACAGUCAUCACUGCUAUUAUUUAACAAAACCAAUAAAUCUGUCCAAUAUAUACGAACUGGCAAACUUACCAAC